UUUCUUGGGUUCGGGCGCCCUGGGAACCGGGCACCAAUCGCCUGAGCUCACCUCGUUUACUGGUUUCCAGCAAGGAGCCAUAAAACCCUGAAAUGCACGCUGGGUGUCGUCCAACACGGAUGCCAAACUGCAACGUGUAUAGAAAUAUAUAAUUUAUAUAUUCAUAUUUUUAUAACCUUUCUUCCCCCGGCUUGCCCGGGAGGUACUGGGUUGUAAUCUGCAAGCGCAGCUCGCCUUGGCCCUUGGCCGUUGGGACAGUUAAUGAUUUGUCGCCUAAGGAGCCCAGCCCCGGAUCGAGAGGGACGCGAAGGACCAAGAGAGAGAGCGAGGAGCCGGGAGCCAGGCUCGGCCGAGUCCCCGGGUCCCCGGCGGGCUGCCGGCCGCACAGGCGCCGCCUCCUAUCUUCCAGGCCCCGGCACUUCGGCGGGUUCCGGACGCGGAAAACGCGCGCGCCAAGUGGGGGGACCCCAUGGAGGCUGACUCGGCGGCCAGCCCGAACCCUGGGGCUCCGGAGCCUCAGGCAUCGGGAGCCCCGAGCACGAUCGGCAGCGUGCUGUGCCGGAUCCGUGGUAAAGUCUUCACCUGGAACAUUUUGAAAACGGUUGUUCUGGGCCAGCUAUUAUCAUUAUGCAUAUGUGGCACAGCCAUCACCAGCCAGUACUUGGCGGAGAAGUACAAGGUGAACACUCCCAUGCUCCAGAGCUUUAUCAACUACUGCCUCCUGCUUCUGGUUUAUACAGCCAUGCUGACAUUCAAACAAGGCAGUGAUAAUCUUCUAGAUAUUCUGAAAAGAAAAUGGUGGAAGUACAUCCUGCUGGGACUAGCAGAUGUGGAGGCAAAUUACCUGAUUGUGAGAGCAUACCAAUAUACCACGCUCACCAGUGUCCAGCUUCUGGAUUGCUUUGGGAUUCCUGUGUUGAUGGCUCUCUCCUGGUUUAUUCUUCGUUCAAGAUACAGAGUGAUUCACUUCAUCGCUGUGUUUGUCUGUCUUCUGGGUGUAGGAACCAUGGUUGGGGCAGAUAUAUUAGCAGGGAGAGAUGAUAAUUCAGGGAGUGAUGUCCUGAUCGGGGACAUACUGGUUCUACUUGGAGCUUCCCUGUACGCAGUUUCUAAUGUGUGUGAAGAAUACAUCGUGAAAAAGCUGAGCAGACAGGAGUUUUUAGGAAUGGUGGGCUUGUUCGGGACUAUCAUCAGUGGCAUACAGCUAUUGAUUGUGGAAUAUAAAGAUAUUGCCAGCAUAAAAUGGGACUGGAAAAUUGCCCUGCUAUUUGUGGCCUUUGCCCUCUGUAUGUUUUGCCUGUACAGCUUCAUGCCACUGGUGAUUAAAGUCACGAGUGCCACUUCCGUCAACCUGGGCAUCCUGACAGCUGACCUCUACAGUCUUUUCUUUGGUCUCUUUCUGUUUAACUAUAAGUUUUCUGGACUCUACAUCCUGUCGUUUACAGUCAUCAUGGUGGGCUUUAUCCUGUACUGCUCCACCCCGACACGCACGGCAGAGCCUGCGGAAAGUAGCGUGCCUCCGGUCACCGUCAUUGGCAUCGACAAUCUGGGACUGAAGCUUGAGGAGAGCGGUCUCCCGGACACCCACUCUGCAGUCUUGUAGCUGGAGACGACAGCGCACCCCUGUGCACCCCCCAGAACACGCAAUGUCUUCCACCGGGGGACACAACCAGGUUCAGAGCAACCACUUCCACAGCACUGGAGAGCGGCAUCCAGUGGUUAGAUUUUAGGAAGGAACUGUGAACAAUGUAGCCCAAGUAGAAAUGCCAAACUAGAGCAGAACCCCCAAGGUGAGGGUUGUGUUUCUGGAGAAUCACAACCAGUUCUUCUUAGAGCCAGAGACAAGGUGCCAGUCAGACCCCCCACCCCCAUGGGAAAGUAGCCAGCAGGGCUCCAGCCUGAGAGUGGGCUGUGCA